AUGCCCUCCAGACCGUCCUUCAACGACCUGCCCCUCCGAAAGGACGGCCCUCCAGGCAAUGCUUGGGGCCUCUUCGGGCCAGACGACCAGGUCGGCAUGCUCAACCUUCUUACGCCAGAGACCACGGCCAAUGCAGCUCGCGAGAUUGUCGACGGAGUGCGCGUCUCAACUGACUGGUAUCUGGACAGCAUGUCGCCUCCCUGCUUUGGUCGCCGUCCCCUAGAGCAUACUCUGAAGCAAAUGGCCUCGAUGACGGUGACUGAUGACGAGUUGGUGCUCAACACGCAGGCUAGUUCGCAGUGGGACGGGCUUCGGCACUACGGCUAUCAGAAGGAAAAGGUGUACUUUAACGGCAAGACGCAGCAAGACAUCUCAAGCACGAAUGUAAAUGGGAUUCACGGUAUGACCUGGGUCUCUCUCACAUACAUAACGGUAGCGUGCCGCGGCGUUCUUCUGGACUACGCUGCUUGGGCAGACGCAAAUGGAGUCCAAGUCGAGCCAUUCGAAACAGUUUCAGUCCCGGUGUCUACGUUGGCAAAAGUUGCUGCUGCCCAGGGAACGUCCUUUCAACAAGGUGAUAUUCUCCUUAUCCGCACCGGCUGGACGAGGGGGUAUCAAAAACUCUCGGCUGGGGAGAAGGCCGCGGUUGCUGCUACACAUCACCCUCCGUCUAUCGGCAUCGAGUCUUCCGAGGAAACUCUGCGAUGGCUCUGGGAUAAUGGGUUUGUUGCGGUCGCGGGUGAUCAUCCGGCAAUGGAGGCGUGGCCGUGCCAGAAUCUCGACUUUCAGCUGCACCAAUGGCUACUGGCGGGCUGGGGCAUGCCGAUUGGCGAACUAUUCGACUUGGAGAGACUGAGCGAGGAGUGCGCCAAGAGGAAUAGAUGGACAUUCUUUUUCAGCAGCAUGCCUCUCAAGGUUCCCGGCGGUGUGGCCAGUCCACCAAAUGGGGUGGCUAUACUUUGA